CUUCAUAAUUAGUGGAAAUAUCAUCGCGAUCGUGCUCGAUUUUGGUUCUUUAGGUUCUUAACUCCUCGAGCAUAAGGCAACCCUAAUAAUUGACACAGAGUUCAAAACAAAUCAAAAGAAAUUUCUACCCAAUCCUUGCCUUUUUGUCGGAAUCGUAUGUACUUUUGCUCAAUCAUCCAGGAGUUUAAGUGACUCUCAGUAUGGUUCAUUGUGCUGCCAUUAAUUGCACAAAUAAUCAAACCACUGCGUCCAAAGACAUCUCAUUCCAUCGCUUCCCAUCCAAUAAAACACAACGCGACAUUUGGGUCCAACGCAUCAAGCGGGAUGGAUUUAAGCCAACACGAACGAGCUAUUUAUGUUCCCGACACUUCUCCGCCAAUAGCUAUUAUCCGUUCGUAUGCGAUCGGAAGCGCCGUGACCUGAAAAAGUCAGCCGUGCCCACAAUAUUCAAUUUCCCCGAUAUCGAUGGUCUGCCAUCGCCCAGAGGGACACGCCGUCGUCCCGCCCCUCGCGUUCGUGGUGUUCCUCCUGAUCGUAGUGAUCCUGAUAAAAAGCCAUGGCUGGAAAAUGAGCCAAAGCUUCAGGUUCCAAAGACAAAUAUGGAUCACUGCGCUUAUUCGCUCAAAGAGCCCCGUCAGAUUAUUCAAGAUCGCGAAGCUCUGCUAAAGCGAAUUGAAAGGCAGCAAAAGUUGAUUAAGAGACUGCAAAAGAGCAACAGUAAGCAAAAGAAGACCAUCAGAAUUCUCAGACACACCGUGAAAGCCUUGACAAAAACGAGUUACGCUUCUGAUACCGAAUGCAAGCGUGAAUACUGAGAACAAGCCAUUUCUGUGGACAGGAAACUUCUUUGACUCAAUUUUUGUGUGAGCCUUGGUUUGUCAUGUACACGCAACUAUUGAUUGUGAUAACUUGUCGAAGUCUAUUUGAAUAAAGAAUCCUUCUUUUACGAGA